UUUUUAGCAGAGAAAAUCUCAAAAAUUUCAACCUAGGAGUCUACAAUAUUAAACAUUUAGGUACCUACCAUGUAAACAAACGAAACAUAUCGCACUACAUUUAGCCAUCAUCGAAAAAAAUAUCCCCAUUUUGAAGGAAUCAACACCAGUUAAGUGCACAUCACUUUGCAAUAUCCUAAUGUUACACAAUGCACAGUGACAGUGGCUAAGUGGCUUUCUUUCUUUCCUCGUUUCUUCUUAAAUUCACUUAUUCCAUACGAAGUAUCUCUAAAAUUGGCUUUCAAAAAAUUCAAGGACGAUAUAUUUAUAGAUAAUAAUCGUAAAUGUAACUUUAUUGCACUCGAGAGCAUAAUUCGUCACUAAUCUCUAAAGCUGCCUCACGUGAUGAGUUUUUAAACUGUAUUUUCUAAAUUAAACAUACACAUCUCAAUCAUAAUUCAACACAAAGUACACAUGCACCUAAAAAUAAACCUAGAUAAGAAUUCUACUUGAAAGAGCCAAAUUGGGAAAGGAAAUUCAGAACAACAGUUCAAUGUUGAAACGACUGGUGAGAGGCCGAGCAGCUGCACAAAAAGCACAUCACAUUGCCUACCCACAAGAAAUUCCAAGACAGCAUACCAUGAAGCAGCCACUUGAAGAAACCGAUCAAAACCUAUCGAUACUACAGCAAGAGAGUUUAUUAAAAACACCGGCACCAAAACCACCUUCACUAUGGUUUUCGAAACGAUUCCUGGUUGUUAUUUUUAUGUUCCUGUGUUAUAUGAAUACGACUUUCAUACGAUUCAAUAUCAGUAUUGCGGUGGUCGAGAUGACUUCGAGCAAGAAAAUUGGAGAUGGUAAUUCAACUACAACUCAACCUCCAGAAUUCGACUGGGAUUCAAGAACUGUUGCAUCAGUAUUGAGCAUGUUCUAUUAUGGAGGAUUAGUAUCAUUCAUGGGUGGAUACAUAGUGUCCAAACUAGGAGGAGCAACCAGUUGUGCGUUAUGCCUGAUGUUAUCUGGAAUCACAACUGUACUUCAUCCGAUCACCUUACGCUACAAUUUUUACUUAUUCAUGGCGAUUCGUUUUCUCACAGGCGUUUUUGAGAAUUUCCUCAUCAUCAGUGUGUCUGAGGUAUCUUCUAAAUGGAUAUUGAAAAAUGAAAGAUCAAAGCUGACAUCAUACAGUGUAAGUGGACUACGAGUGGGUAUGGCCAUUGUACACGGAUUUUGCGGAUAUUUGGCCCACGGAUGGGGCUGGCCAAUGAUAUUUUACGCUACAGGUGCUUUUUCUCUGAUAACAUCGGUAUGUUGUUUCAUCGCGAUGAAAAAUCAACCUUCGGAAGAUAAAUGGAUCUCUGAAGCUGAGCUAAAAUACAUAGAAUCUCAACAGGAAAACAUCACUACUAGUUCGCGAAAAAAUGUUAAACAUCCAUACAGAAAUAUGCUAUCAUCAGCUGCAAUUUGGGCCUUGUUUGUUGUUAGGUUCUCUCACAUGUGGGUGGUAACCAUCGUAGUCACUUUUCUGCCGUUGUAUUAUAACGACACAACUGUGGAAAGUAUUGAAAAAAUAGGAAUAUUUUCUUCGGUUCCCAACGCAGCUAGCAUCUUCGUCAUACCCAUUUGUGGAGUAUUACUCGAUUACAGCAGGAAAAUCCAUAUACCAGUAACAUUGAUGCACAAAAUGGUGAUUGGUGGUUCAUUUGCUAUCUGCAGCGCACUAUUCCUGAGCAGUGUGAUCGUUUCCGAUUUCAUUUUGUCGAUUAUUGCUUUCAGUCUGAUACAGAUGUUUUUAGGCAUCAUUAUUCUGAUCACGCAAAUAAUUAUCAUCAGUGUGGCUCCCAACAGUAGCGGAGCUGUCGCAGGAUUGGUUACUUUCGUUUCUUCGAUAAGUAAUAUUUUAGCACGAGAAAUGACAGGAUACAUGACGACCAACCGGAAUAUGGAAGAGUGGAAUAAUUGCUUCAUUUUGUCAAGUGUGAUACUUAUGCUAAGUGCUGUGAUAUUUGCAUUUUACGGAUCGAGUGAACCUCAAUCGUGGUCAAAGUUGCCAAGUCCAGACGAUCUCGCUCACGAAAAUCAGACCAAAAAAAUCACUCCGUAGAACACAGUUCACCAUUUCACCAGCGAUUGUUCCAUUGAUCUUUAAAUAUGAAUCCAAUAAUUCAAAAUAAUAAAAUUUUCAAAACCUUUUUAAAA